CAACCCUGACUGAAUUAAAUCUUUCCCCAAGCGAUUGAUCUGUUUCUUUAAGACGCCACACCUGUUACAGCCCGGUGUCCAAUCAUACACAUCGAGAGUUGCUAAAACAUCCAAACAUAUCUCUGAAGACAAAACUAGUUUGACGGCUGUAAACCAAUCAUUGCGCAGCUCUUACCGGUGAUGACAAUGAGGGGAAGCGAGAACGCUGAUUGGUUAGUUCGAAAAGGGCGCCUAUCACUGCGAGCAAAGCAGGGAGCUGGUGGAACUGACAUGGAAAAGCAAAAAUCUUUAAACGCAGUAGAUGAACGGCGGAGACAGUUGCAGGAGUAUCUGGCAGCCAAAGGAAAACUGAAACCUCUAACGAACACAAAGCCCUACCUGAAAGACUGUACAAACAGUCAGAAACCAUCCUGUCGCCCUAAGCUACCAGUGGUGUGCAAGCGAGGGAAGAAUGUUACAAAUGCUAAAGCAGUUUCCCAAGAAAACAAGCCCAGGGCCCCAAGCCAUUUCUUUGUACAGCAGAGAUCCAGCAGCGCACAACCAAGAGUGCACAACAGGGCGACUGUGUCUGUUACUGCCAAACCCAGGAAUGCUUCAGGGAUUAACAACAACCCACUGCAAGAGAGAGAGCCUGACACACAGACUGACAAUAUAAAUGUAUCUUGCUUUGGCCCAAAUCAAACAACCCAGGAAACUGGUCAGGAAAAAGCUGCUUCUUGUGCUCAGGGUUGCGUGAAUAAUGGAGCCGAGCCAAAUGGCAGAAGAGACCUAGGAAGUGAAGCAGAAGGCCAAGAGAAUGGUAUUGACUGUGAGAAGAUAAAGGAGGAUGUAUUUCAUGAGGGAGAGGUGGCUGGAGAUAAACAGAUAGAAACACAGCAGCUACAAGGGGUUAUUAAUAAUACUGAUGUGGGACCUACAGCUGGCAACAAAGAGAGAUGGAGAACUCAAGCAGGAACUUGCGACAUGUCUGUAAAAUUACAAGAAAGCACAACUCGGAUACAUCAUCCUACAGUUAUCCAUAAAACUGCCCCUUGUGGAUCAGUUACGCAAAGGCCAUUGGGAAAAACUCUUUAUUGUACUAGGAAAACACAUUUGUAUUCUAAGGCAAAGCAGCCAGUGUCUCACUGCAGAAAUUCUGCAGUGCAACAUGGACUAAGGAGGUCCUUAACCUCGAGGGCUAGUGUUUCCCAAAAUAGCGCUAUUUGCCUAAAGCAAAAACAAGAUGUCAAAAGCCAAAACAUGCCAACUGCUUCUGUUGUAACUAAGAAUGAAAAACCCAUGCAUAGUGGGCUUAAACAAGCCACAUGUAAGUAUGGAGCGUCAUCUGCAAUGCCAAACGGGCAACAGCAGCCUAAGCACGUGAAGGAUAUUGUAUCCAGUACAGCAUUUAGCAGAGUACAGUCAUCAGGACAUCAGACUGCAGAGUUUUCUGCCUGUAGCACAAAGCCACCACAGCACCAGGACAGAGACAUUGCAACUUCCAAUAACCCUAAUGUAAAACAACAGAAUAGGGCAAUGGCAGAUACUUCCACAGAGUACAGGAAGCCAGUAGAAAAAACAAAGGAACUAACUGCUGCCAGUUCUAUGAAUGCACAGUUGGGUGUAAACAGCAAUGGCAUAAACGGGCAGCAUGGAACACCACACAUGGCUACUGAGGAUCGCAAGAAAAAGCUGGAAGAGUGGCUAAGCUCCAAGGGGAAGACCUACAAGCGCCCACCAAUGAUUUUGCCAACAAAAAAGCCAAUGAAAAGAAAAACAACUGCAACUUGUUCCCAGUGGGAUGGAAUAGAGGAAGAGGAGGACAUAAUUUUUCUGUCCAAGAAAAUCAAUGGCACGCUUAAUGAGUGCCUGGAGCUCAUUGAUAAGGGGGCUGCAUCAGAAGCAGUUAAUGCUAUUCUUUCCAUGGUGCCCAAGGCAGAGAAGUUUGCCAAAUUCUGGGUGUGUAAAGCCAAGCUGUUGGAACGGGAGGGUACCUUUGAUGUUGUUGGACUGUAUGAGCAAGCUGUACAAUCCGGAGCUAAGCCAAUUGCAGAGCUGAGAGAGCUUAUAUUUGAACUUAUGAGGAACACAUCGAAGAAAAGAAAAGACGAGCCCUUGCAGAGCCAGAACCCUGUUUCUGGUUACCUGAGUAGCCCAGCCAGUCCAGUAUGGAAUGCAGUGAAAUCUCUGAGGAUGCCCUGUGCAGAGCGGUGCAGAAGUUGCCAAGGUUCUGCAGUCAAGUUCCAGGUUGCAACUCUAUCCAGCAAAAAGGAAGGAGGACCAGAGUGGAAAACUUUAACUCCAGUAAGAAGGUCAUUGAGGAUCAACCAGGCUACAUCUCGCCGCUCUUUUGUCCUGCAGGAGCACAAUACAGUGGUGGCAUCUUUAGGGGAACUUUUGGAAAUGGCGGACACAGAGUGCUUCCUCUAUGCUGGAAAUGAAGCCUUCCCAGAGAAGACACAUAUGGACAUUCUGGACAUGAUAAAACAAAGUACCACAAAUAAACCUGAAGGUGGUCCUUCAUAGCCAGUAGCACAUUAAUUAUCAUGCAGAAAAGCUGUGUCACUGCUUAGUAUUGGUACCCUGCAUUCCUCACAGCAAGCCUAUGUGCACAUCAAUGCAAGAACCUGUACAAACAGACAUAGGGAUGCAUGUUGUAAUAUAAGUGCUUUGCUAAGAGAGAGGUCAGUAGCCACGUUUUACUAGUACCUUUUCCAGGUGAUUUUAUCCUUGCACCAUUUGCUUGCAUACCUUAAUGAAAAGCAGCAGGUCUAUGUGACAUGAUCUAAAAGUGCCAUAUUUCUUUAAUAUCAAAGGAAAUAUGAGGUUAUUGGCUACCUCAAGGAACCUUUGGAAUCAGAAAGCCUAUUCCCAUAUCAGCCUGAAGGAACUUUGCAAGUUUGGAUGGGUGUCUGACCUAUUGGUCUAUCCUUAUUGGACUAUCUAUUAGUCUUUAUUAGGGUAUAUAGGUGCCCCAUUGGGUCACUGGGAAGCCCAAGCAUGAGAAAAGUCUGUUUCCAACCAGGGCUAUCCCUUUUCUUCUAGAGGACAAUUGUAACCUCUUAAGGUGUUUUGCACGUUUACAGCCAUGUUAACUCUACAGUGUUUAUAGUGGAAUCAUUUAGAUUUCAUGAAGUGGAAAUAUGUACAGGGCACAAUUAUGAUAUUUUAAACUAGAAAUAAAGUAUGAUCAACACAAAGACCAGCAGGCUCCCAAAAUGGCCCCAACAUAACUUCCCCCCAUACCAGCAGGGCUGGCCACCAUGUAGAACUUCCAUUGCUAUGAUUGCCAACCAGGAUCAUGCAUACCAAAAGAUAAAAUCAGUUUGACUUUCAUUGUACAUGUUCUUACUCUAGCCAGUACUGCAGGGAAGCUCUGACUGGAUGUGGCCCUGCCAAAUAUGGCCUUUCUAUACAAACUUGGAAAAAGGGUUUGCUUCCCUAACCUUGGUAGCAAUGGAAAAAUGCCUUCACACGAGCUAAUCAUCAUGUUGUUUCUGGAUAUCAUUUUCUGAUGAAGAACUAAUGGAAACAAGUAAAAUUUUACUCAUUUCCUUGUUUGUAAAUCUGUUUCCUUAAUUUUAGUUCUAACAAACCGUUUAUUCUCCGCUUUGCUGUAGGCCCAUUUUUUAUUUAGGGCUGGAUAUAUAGAGGCCAUUUGAUGUUUUACUAUAUACAUUACAGUCUUUAAAUAUAUGUAUAGUUUCUAAUAUAUAUAAUAUUUUUAAUGAAAAUAUUUAAAUAAAAUACUUUUUGUUUAAAA